AAACAACAGCACCGAGUGAGCCGCGAGUGUGUAUGUACUCUUCUCGUUCGUGCUAGAGGUGAAAAAAGUGCUCAUUGGGACGUUCUGAAGCAGAUAUCACACAACUCGCAACAGUAGUCGAAUCUGCGACGAAAAAAUUGUCCAUCAUCAAAAUUCGCUGUCCGCCGUUAGAAAACGCUUGAAACCGGAAACUAUUUUACUCAGAAGGAAUAUAAAUCACGUAAUUCGAGUUCACCAAACUGUGCGGAUCCACCGGAAUAUGAAGUGUUGAAAAUUUGUGAAAAAGGUAGGAUUUUGUCAGUCUCGCGAAAGCACUAGAAAAAAAGCUGGAGCUCAGACGUGUGAGGAUCAGAAAGCUAAUCCCGGUCCAUAACAGCAGCUGCCAGGAGCGAAGCGAUUUUGAAUGAUGGCACUCAACAUUGCAGUUCCGUUGACGACCGUCGGAGAUCUGAUGGAUGGCUUCGGACUGCUCUCGCCGAUUUCACCCCUUAGCGUAGACUGCCGAGGUGUGGUAGCGGCCGGAAGCCACGGAAAAAAGCAAUUGGUCUCACCCGUUGGAAGCGAAUCGAGUGGUGUCAGUUCCCUGGAUUCUGACGAGAUUAAGAAACCAAGCUCGCCACCGACGACUCCAACAGAAGAAGUGGAAAGAUCAUCGGUCAGCUCUCCACUUCCGUUGUCUUCAGAAGGUAAAUCUGAAGCAACUGGAACCGAAGAUUGUCCUAGUCAAGCAGUAUCCAGCAGCUGUUCAUCGUCCACUCGUACCUCGUUAUCGUCUACGGAGAGCAUUGGCAACAACUUGGAGGAUCCCGGUUCCGUGGAUGAUUUGUUCGAAACCGAGCCAAUCAAGGAAGUCAAGGUCGUUCUGGGGGGCCGCGACGUACUGAACUUGAUUGACAAUUUGGUCAAUUUCGAUCAUUUCCGUCUUCAGUUCGCCCAGUUACCGGAAAAUGAUAACAUUCACUUUUUUCUGGACAACCGUUCCCAGUAUCAUCGUCUUGGAGCAAACGGCCAUAUUCAGGAGUAUACGAUGGUUAAGUGUAGAUGCUGUGACUUUAAAUAUCCGGUUAAUGAGACAUCACUGACAAGCGGAGUUCCGGCUGCGAGCAUGAGUCAAGCAAAUUUGACAGCGGCUUACCAGCUUCAACAACAACAACAACAGCAGCAGCAGCAACAACAAUUGCAGUGGAGCAGUUUUUCCAACAAUCUUAAUAGUAUUGCCGGAAGUAGAGAAAAGGUUAGCCCGAAUGUGGCGGCCCAUGCAUUUAACAAAGCGUUUGUCGGUGGUAACAGUGGCAACAUGAGCAACAACAGUAACAAUGUCGGCAAUCAUUAUUCGCGCAACGGUGGCAACAUUUCCGCUGCUGCUGUCUUUGGAAGAGAUUCCAACAAUCGCAAUACCGGUGGCAGCUUUCUAAACAAUACUAGCACGUACCAGAAUCACAAAUCAUAUCAACAAAACUUCGGAGCACCAACCAACAAUAGUAGCAAAUUCAGCUCGCCUUAUGGGCAACUUCAGCAACAGCAGUUCUACUCCAAAAACCACCCGCUGCGUUACGGCAGUGGCAAUGGUAACGGUACUGGUCAGUCUAGUGGUUCCGAAGGGCUCAACGCGGUCGUCGCUGCAGCCGCUUUGGCAAGUCAGAACUUGCAAAAUUUCCACCUCAUCAACAACUACAACAAUCGCUACAACGGCAAUAAAAGCAACAACAAUAACAACAUGUUUGCAUACUACAAGACCAUGAUGUAAAUGAAAGCACAGUGCGUUCCAUACAGUUCUAGCACCGAAAACAGAAAUCGGUGACGUGUCAGACAUUGCCUAGAGCGCAGGAAGGAUUCUUAAUGCUCUGCAUCAUAAAUCUAGAAUGGCAGAACGCCCUCGGCAUCCCCUUCACAGUAGAUGAAAUCUGUUUCCCGUUUUUUUCCCCGUCUAGUGACGAAUCCUUCCAAUUCGCUAGUUAGUAGAAAGUGAAAUUGUGACCAGCCAUGCGGUCAACGAAACGCUGCCGCCGCCGCCGCAGUAGCCACCGCCGAAGGAACGAUAAAAAGAUAGCAUAGUGACAUUCGAGAGGUUGCUACUAAAACCAAUACAUUACAUUUUUACGUCGAGAUAUUUAACUGCAAGCAAACAAAAAAAAAUCGUUGUAAUUAUUAUACAUACACACAAGCAUAUAUAUUUUUUUAGAGUAAUUGACUUCGUAUAAGAAAUUAAUGUUGAAUUUUAGUUAUUUAUUAAUAUUUUGAUUGUAUUUCCAAGCAGAACCCAGAACAUACAAGGAGCUCCUAGUUAUUAAUAUUAUUAUUUUUUUUUUGUAAUCGAUGCCACCCCGCGUUGGUUUGUAAAGUCAGGAAAAUCCUGCUAGGAAAGCAAGCGGAAAUCGAUCGACCGUUGUUCGCUUUUUUUUGUUGAAAAAUAUCAAGACAAAGAAUUUACUAUACAGAGGAAAGGAUCUCAUAGUCACAGUUGAAUUAGGAUCGAAAACGAAAUGCGAGCCGACAACAACAAAAAAAUAUCUGUAGGUUGGAAAUCAACGGCACAGUCUUUAGCAAUUUAGAUAGAAGAGGAGAAAUAGUUUUCCGUCUAAAGUCUUUUUUUUAUUAAGAAUAUCAAAUAAUUGUGUUUUAGAAUGUUAGAGAAGGUCAUAGAGCAAGAUAAAUAAAACAAUUUUAUUUCAAGAAUUACUGUGCAACCGGCUAGGGAAUGAAUGAGUUAUAAGAAGAAAGCAAAACAGUCAAAUUGGCUACCCACAAAGAAACGUACCUAGUAUUAAUAGUUGGGGUUUGUUAAUCGAUUCCUUUUUUACGAUAUUGACAUUCAAAGAAACAGUAAUGAUUCUGGAAGAGAAAACAAAGUUUAGCUCUGCUCGAAGCGGCGGAGACAAGAUUUCAGCCAACUUGCCAAUUUCAGGGAUUCUGACCAAAUGAGAAAACACAUUUCAGUGUACGCCGUCUCGGUAAAUUUUUAACUUUAUUUCCUGUCGGGAGACGACGAAACAACAAGCAAGCAUAAUUAUGACAAUGCCAAAACCUAGUGCAGUUAACGAGCGAAAGUGAAUGUUUUUCGUUUUCUAUUUGAGAUUUUGCUUAGUGUUUAUAAAUGUAACAAGCUGAGCUACCGUAGGGAACACGGAACAAGAAACAAGACGGAAAAACAACAGCUUUUCGUUACAAUUGAUUGUUGCCUGCAAGACUAGUUUUCUGAACCGUUGAAUUUUAAAUAUUCACGCGCUAGGAGUUCGAGAGCAGAUUUAUAUUGUUUCCAUGGAACAGACCGUAAAUUUCAAAAACCAUUCACGCACACAUUUCCCUAGGAAAUGUGAUUCUUAAAAAUUGAUAUUUGAGAAGAAAAAACUAACUGUGUGAAAUUUUAAUAGACUUGAGAGUUUCUAAAACGAGUAAUUUAGACAUGUUUGUUUUUAUCGAAAAUCCAUUUGAAAGAAUUUACAUUAUAUCGAAAUAUCAUUAGCCAAGGCAAGGAGAAAUACCAAAAAAAAAGUUGAUCCUACUAUUAAUAAAAUGAACUAUAAGUGUUUUGUUAUCAAACUGUUUAAUUCUGUGUGUAUUUCAAGCGGAAAUCAGCAAACGGCGAACCUCCUGUUCGAGGAAUGAAUUCUAGGUACUAGUUCAAAAAUAAACAAAUCAACAACUAAUCAAUAGAAUGUAAGGUAAUGCUCAAAAAGACUAACAGCCGCAAAAUGUUGAAACGCCUCCUGGGCAUCCGUUGUAGGGUUCAACUCAAACACGUACACUCAAGUACAUUAAAAAAUAAAUAAACACAAUUCUCUGUGCCGUCACUGUCGCUCGGAGUGAAAUAGAGGAUUUCCGGUGUGGUACUAGAACGAACUGCCGGUUAUAUAGUCGAAUGGGGUAAGACAGCUAGAUCUGUAUUCGGUAUUUCACGGUUUCAUCGAACAAUAAUGUUAGUUUCGCCAAUGUAAAAAAAAGUCGCAAUUCAAAGAUGAAUUUUGUAUUGCUAGAACUGCAGAAAUCGUGUACGUAAUGUGAAUAUUCCUGUGUAAUUUUCGUUUUAAUUAAUAACCACUUGGAGCUCUGGUUUUUCCAAUCUCAGUUGUUUUUGUGUUUUACAAGUUUUUAGUUGUGGGUGCGCCAGUGAUCGGUGUCCAUAAAAUUAUCCUUUUAAACGAUGUUCUAGUACUGCAAAGCAAUUUCCCGUUAAUCACUCUCAAUACGGUAGUUACCUUCUUUUCUAUCAUUAAAAUAAUAUGUUUAAUAUGCGCUUUUCCUAUUGGUUUUAAAUUUGAGUGUUUGGUAACUUAGAAUUAGUGUGUCUGUAGAAUGAAUAUAAAGGGAAAACUCAAAUACAUGCGGCGAACCCAAUUGUAUGACGAUUAAUUUUUCUAGUUUGUAUAGCUUUUCAUUUAUUUCGUUGCUUUCUGUGAUGGUCUUUGUUUAAGGUUUUUAAAUGUGUAGUUUUUUUUUGUUUAAUAUAAUUUUUUUGGUUUUCUCAUCCAAAAACUAACUACUCUUCGAAGGUAGUAGAAUCAUUACCAUAAUGCUGCUUGAAAAAAAAACUGGAACGAACAAGCACACUCACGAUUGUCGAUAUAAUUAAUUAUUACCUUGUUUCAAAUACGUGUACGUUAACAUUCUAGUUGUAGAUUAAAGGAGUUUUAUUAAUCACUAGUUUUAGAGACGUUUUGACGAAGAACGAAAAUAAUAAUAGUCAUACAAAUGUUACGAUAAAUUCCUAUUCGAUACUCGAAUUGCCGUUAGAUACGCGAGAGAUAAUAGCCUAUUUUCACGCUUAAAACGAUCGUUUGUUUGUAUAUUAUUUACCACUAGUAGUGCGAGAUUAGAAGGAAGUUAAACAACACUAUUUAGCUUUUUUUAUUUUCCCAACCCGUGCUUCUGGACGUGAAAAAUUAAUCGUCAUAUCAAGAAUUCACCUGUACACUAUGACAUCUAAUCACUAAUUAAGUAAAGGAAAACGAAGCCUCGAGUCAUAGCAAGAAGCAAACAAAUCGCAAAGCCAAGUCAGCGUAGAAGAAAAUUUCUUAUUUAUACAUAAAUUUUUUUUUUUUAUCCAGUGUUUUCCGGGUUCCAUUUAAACAUUGUUUCUUAUUACAUGUGCUAGCUAAAUCUAAUCCUAAUACGAAACGAACACAGAAAAGAUCCUUCCUGAUAGUCAUUAUUGCCUUACGAAAACAUAUUGUAAGUGUGUAUUCUUCUUAACCACAAGCAUUACUAUGCAUUGCAAAUUAAUUCAUGUAUGUGUGUAAAAAAAAACAGUAAAAGAACAACGCAGCACGUACCCGAUAGAGAGAAAAAAAACACUGUAUAAACAACGGGGGAAUAAGGCCAAAAUCAAAGACAAAGUCAAGCGUAGGUGUGAUUUUGACAAUAAAAGAAAGAACUAAAAAGCUACGAGUAUUGCCGUUUUGUUUCCGUUACUUUCAAAUUGAAUGAGCCGUUCCGUAGAAAUGAAAUGAAAAAAAAACAAUGUGUACUUAAGCAUCCGCAGUGGAACAACAUAUAAACAGGAAUCUUCCUGUCAUAAGAAAUAAAAAAGUAGAAACAAAAACAAAAGUUUGAAAAAAAAACAAACAAGUGAUCUCAGAGAACUCUGUUUUUAAUCUGUAAGAAGUAACCAAACGAUAUAUCGUGUGUCAUCAGAAGAAAAAGUAUUCAACAGUAGUAGCGUUUGUGAAACCAAUUACUUUAACAGAAACUAUGCGAACUGAAAGUUAGCCUAUUUCAUUGUACAUGUAACGCCAAAAUAUCAAUGGUAAUUAUCUGCCUUUUUGUGAUAAAAAAAAAAGAUCAAUAUUUCUGGACUACCUACCAACCAACAAGGAAUACAUUGAAAUCAGAGUGCUCGGGAAAGUCAAUAUCCUAUACCAUCCAGGUGACUGCAGAUACUUCGUCAUGGAUCAAGUGAGUUUUUUUUCGUGGUUCUCUCGCUUCCGAUAAGGCACUGUCCGUUUAUAGUCCCAUUUCAUUUCGCAAUUUCUAUACAAACGUGCCUUGCUAUAACCAACUGUAAUUGAUUAUAUUAUUCAGCUGGAUUGUCUGGAUUGGUAGCAACCCGUACGAUUUAAAGCCAUUGGACAUGAAAUCGUUUAGCAUAUUGGUCAUCUGACAUAACCAACGAGAACCAAAUAUUUAUCAGAAAAAUGUAUUCAUCAUAGUGCAGAGUAAUGUUUCAAUGCGAACAUAAACGGGUCGGUCUGGUUCAUUAGACGUAAUCGUGAUGCUCACAUGAAUUGUUUUCCGGCUAAGACAGCCGUUUUGCAUGUCAUGUGACUUGCGAUGACAAAGCUCACCUCACUGCAGGUGACUUUUUCCAUAUAUUUUGAGAGUUAAUUUGGGUGACGUGAGAUUUUCUAUUGUAAUCCAGAAAGUUUUUCAUGUGUAUCGAGAUGUGAAUGUGAACCGAUUUAAAGUAUUGGUAAAAAAUGUAGUCACUUUGAUAGUUGUUUUAUAUCAAUUGUUUAAACUACUAGGCUAAAUAUUGUUCUUGGAUUCGACUUCCAACCCCACAUACAGAGUUGAAAAAAUUCUAACUCGGAGAGGCAACAGAUCAACACAAAACUAAAUCCUCUUUUAAAAAUAGAAUAAAAUGUUGCCAAUUUUGAAAUUUGGCCGAUGAUUUUCCGUAAAUAAAAACUUGAAAAUGAAAAAUAAUAUAAUUUGAAAAAAAAAGUUUAUAAUUUUAGAUGUUCUUCAAAGAAAGGCGACAGUAGCAUUGACAUCAAAUGGAGGAAAAACAUCGAUGAAUUCUUUGAAUUCGGUGUCAAUUUCUGCUUAGGAAUUAUCGUAUAUUUUCCGAUGAAUGUUUGAUGAAGCGAUGAAUUGACUGUUUAGCUUUAAAACGUAUACAAUUUUUUCACUUUCCUUCUAUUUCCACUGAAUAAAUCAUCAAAAGUGUUUCACUCUUUCUCGAUUUCUAGAACAACAUUAGAAAAGGGUGGAAGAGCCAAAGUGUAAACAAAGCAUGUUGCGCUUUAUUUCUAUGGAACAACUCAUAAACUAUUAUUUUCAUUACAAAAUUCCCUCAAAAAUCAUUCAGUCAAGGAUUUCCGAAGUUACGCUUGUUUUAACGUGGAUUUCUGAAGUUACGUGAUUUUUAUUUUCGUGUGGACUUUCGAAAUUUCGCGUUUUUUUUACGCGGGUUCCCGAAAGUUCCGCCGUUUCUUUUGCAAAUUUUCAUUUUCCUUUUUCUCGCGUUUUUUUUUGUGUUGUCUUAGAAAUGCAUGAAACGUCGAGGUCUGGUGCUAUCGCGAUUUUUUUAAAGUCAGCUCUGAAACUUAAAAAAAUUUCAAGUUUUUUUUUUCAAAAA